AUGGCAAAAGUGAUUAUCUACUUCUUAAAGCGGAAGGAACACUGUCAACAGCCAGUUGACUCGUCAGGCGGUGAAAAGGACGUCACGAAAGGGGGUGGUUGCAACCGCCUGCGCAACGGCCUCGCCACCGUACCCUCCGAAUCAACAAGUUGCAUGGACGCCACCGCAAUGGCAACCUGGGGAGGAGAUUCUGAGCGCGACGACAACGACAUCGAGGACGACGACGAUGACGCUGUGGCUGGCGAAGAAUUCAUCGAAGAUGUUCCAAGCGUUGUUAGCUCCAGGAGCAGUCGGGCCAAUAAGCGUUUUGUCACAGCUAGUAGCUGUUCAGAUAUUUUCGUUGUUCCUCUCAUGCAAGCGUAUGCGUCAAAUGCUUCUGACGAGUAG